AUUACAAUUUAUGCUAAAUUAAUUUAAAACGUUAACAGUGUCCAACAACAAGUAAAAUGAAUUCUAGUCGUUCUACGUCUACAUCAUCGUCUGGUAGUUCAACAAGCAGCGGAAGUUCAAGCUGCACAGAUAGUGGAUCGUCUUCUACAGAUUCAGAAAGUACAACUUCAAGCGAUGCUAAACCUUUAAAUUCGUCCCGAGGAAAUGAUAACAACAAAAAUAAGCCACAAGUAACAACUAGAAGAAAAAGCUCUGAAAGUAAGACAAACCAACAAAAGACGGCUGCUGAUACUGAAAAGAGCACAAAAAUUAACACAGCCGCCAAUAGCACAGCGGUACAAAAGCAACCUACAAAAAAUAUUGCUUACUCCAGCGACGAUGAUACACCGCCUACGAAAAAGCCACUUAAAAGGCUAUCGACGGCAUCUACGGCACAGCCAAGUCAAAGGAGACGAUCAUCAGGGGGAUUUGCUUUGACAGCGUCCAAGUUACAAAAGGCGCAGUCUGAGACAGCGGCUUCAGGCAUAGAGGUAACAAGUGAAACUAAAUCUGCAAAGACAAAUGAGAAUGAGAAAGAAAAAGAAAAACAAACGGUUUUGCCAUUAGGUACAGAUCCAGAAGUUGUUGCAAAAUCGAAUGCGACAACCCCCAUAAAAAAGACAAAACAAGAAACACAAACCAAGGCAAUAGCCAAGAACACAAAUUCAAUCACCGAUGUCUCCGAUCAGCCAAGUGCUAAAGUAAAACAAAUUCAAAAUAAGCGAAACAGUGGACCCUCUCAACCCAUAAGAGCUGUGGCUGCUGCAUCAAUUGCAAGAAAAAAAUGUUCAGAUGAAUCUGAAUACGAUAGUAUUUCCGGCUCUGAAGAUGAAUCUUCAAGUAGUAGUAGCGAAACUGAUAGUAGCGAAAAUAGUUCAUAUAAUUCCAAGGGCGAAAAAGGUGGUGGCGAAGUGGGUGGUGUGGGUGGUAAACGACGUCCGAAGAACAGACAUUCUGAAUCAGGUGCUAAAAAAAGGAAUGAAUUUUCGUUUUCGGAAGGAGGACAGAGUCCACCGAAGAAUAAUAUCAGAAAUCGAAAACUUACUCGAUCCCUAAGUACAAGACGAAAUAGUAAGCCACUAGUUAAAACUUCAGCUGGGGCAAGCCAACAAGAACUUGGUUCUGACUCUGACUCAGAAGCUAUUAAUGGCACGGUGGGAGAUAUGAAACGAUCACUCUGCAAGAGCCCUGCCAAAAAAUCCUACAUUGGUCUUGGCCCCGCGACAUUAACCAAAUGCAGUGUAAAAAAGGAAAUAAGUAACAAUGGUUUUCCAAGCCUGUCACGAGCGCCCACACCACCUCAAUUGGAAAAGAGAUGUCCUGUUGAUGGUUGUGAUUCCUCUGGUCAUCUGAGCGGAAAUUUGGAUCGUCAUUUUCUUCCUGAAGCUUGUCCUAUAUAUCACAACAUGUCUGUUUCUGAAUGCAAAGACAGAGCUAAUGAACGCAAGUUGCGGGCCGAGACCAACUGCAAACCUUCAACAACCUCAAAUCACUUGGAUCAUAAGUCAGGACCGCAAUCAUCUUCGAAAUACCUACAAACAGUUGAACAAAAGGAAUUUUAUAGUAAAAUGAAAGAGUCAAGAGCUCGCUUCAAACCCAUUGCAGAAGUUGUAAAUUGCGACAAAGUUAAAUUGGAAAAGGACUGUAACGAUGAAGAUCGUGAGCCCAGUUUAAUUGGUUUGGUACCCGACUAUGAUUUGCAAUUGUUUCGAGAUGCCCAGGCUUUAGCUAGUGAACAAAUUGAGGACGAAGUUAAAGAUUUGCCUAUUGGCAAAGGCAUAAAAUACAUCACAAUGGGAAAAUAUAAAAUGAAAGUAUGGUAUCAGUCUCCCUAUCCUGAAGACGUUUCCAGGCUUCCCCAAAUGUAUAUUUGUGAGUUUUGUUUACGUUAUCAAAAAUCCGAAACUGGCAUUAAGCGUCACGCUCAGAAAUGCGUUUGGCGACAUCCUCCUGGUGAUGAAAUUUAUCGCAAAGGCAAAUUACAAGUGUGGCAAGUAGAUGGUAAACGCCAUAAGCAGUAUUGCCAGCACUUGUGCUUGUUGGCGAAAUUUUUUUUGGAUCACAAAACUUUAUACUAUGAUGUGGAACCAUUUCUCUUUUAUAUCAUGACCUUGGCUGAUGUUGAUGGUUGUCAUACUGUGGGCUAUUUUAGUAAGGAAAAAAAUUCGUUUUAUAACGUGUCUUGUAUUCUAACGCUGCCCCCAUAUCAAAGAAAAGGCUACGGAAGAUUGUUGAUUGAUUUUAGUUACCUGUUGACCAGGGUGGAACGGAAAAUAGGUUCUCCAGAAAAACCUUUAUCUGAUUUGGGUUUAAUAUCAUAUCGUUCUUACUGGAAAGAUGUAUUAUUAGAGUAUCUUUGUAAUCGUACCGGAAAUACUUUAAGUAUAAAAGAUGUUUCACAGGAAAUGGCUAUUUAUUCGUAUGACAUAGUUAGUACCCUACAAGCAUUGGGUAUGAUGAAAUACUGGAAAGGCAAACAUAUAGUACUUAAAAAACAGGAUGUUUUGGAUGAUUAUGAGGAGCGUAUCAAAAGGCGUGGAACAUUUCCUAAAAUAGACGAAGCUUGCUUGCGUUGGAAUCCUUUUGUGCCGCAACAAAAUAAUAACUCUCCCUGAAAAAGGGUCAUACCCAAUUAUGAUUAAGCUAAAAUGCCCGUCAUUAAAUAAGAAACAUCUCUUUUUUUUCCUUCCUUCCUUUCUUUCUGUAAUUUAAAUAAAACAAAAUCUUUUUCUUUUUACAAAGAUUGUGGAACAAAGAAAAUCUCAACUUUAAUGUUAUUAAAAUCAAAAGAAAAAACAAAUUCUUUGUUUUCCCAUAAAUCUGUACGAGUCUGAGUCAUUGAGUUAAAAAUUUUACAACAGUCACUUUUUAUUUUGGCAAUUAUUAGUCACACAUGCGCAUCUACAGGUUUUUUUUUACUUCACACUGCAAAAGGAGUUUUGUUGUUGUCUUUUUAUUUCGAAUACUAUUCAUACAUGUAUAACUAACUAACUAACUUCAUACUCUUAUUAUUUUUUUUUAUUUCAUUUUAUUUUUGUGUUUUCUCAACGAUUCAGCUGCUGCACAUUAAGUAUAUAAUUAUUAAUUAUUUAUAUGUGUAAAUAUGUUUAAUGUAUUAGUUUUAAAUACUUUAAAUAACAAAAAAAAGAAAGAAAUAUUUGUAAAUGCAAUUAAUGUAUUGUUAAGAAGAGAAAUACAAUAUUAGUUGAUACUCCCAUAAGCAAUAAAUAAAAUUCUUUAUUUACCCUA